AUGAUUGCCUUGACAUGGGCCCCUGAGGGAAGAAGACGUAAAGGCAGGCCGGAAACAACAUGGCGUCGGACAGUUAUAAAGGAAAUGGAGCUACUAGGAUUUGGAACAUGGGAGGAAGGGAGGGCAGUGGCAGCGAACCGAGAGAAGUGGAGAAGCUCGAUAGAGGCCUUAUGCACCACUCGGCUCCAUAAAUCAAAUCCAUAUGUUGUUACUGAAGGUCGUUUACCAACAUUUGUUGACGGUCGCUUACCAGGAACCAAAGCCAUUCAGUUUAAUAGCUACCCUUCAUAUGCCAGAAUCCCCGGUGYUCAUCUUGGCUCCAAAAGCUUCACAAUCGCACUGUGGGUUAACCCAAACAACAGUCUGCUUGGAAAAUAUACACAAGACAUUGUUAGUGAUUGGGCUUCCGAUGAAUAUACGCAAUGGUUGGUUGGGUUGGCCAGAGGAACUAUUUAUUCCUUUUUCAGAGAAGGUAGCAAUCUGAAAAUGAUCUUUCCAACGACUACACAUUUUCAAAACUUGGCAUGGUUCCACUAUGCUGUCACAUUUGACAACAAAUCAUCUGUUGUCAAACUAUUCAAAGAUGGUAAACAGAUUCCAACCACGGGAAUAUCACAAGAAAUCACUUUCUCGAGUAAUUCAGGAAUUAUUGAGAUAGGUGCAAAACCUAGGAGUGGUAAUCUCAAUCAGUUUUUUGGUGAAGCUAUGGAUCUGUAUAUCAUCGAUGGUGCAAUGAACAGCGAACAGUUGAACGAUCUUCGAGGAUUCUUGGAAAUCGUGCCCAGUUUCGUCAACAACAGCGAUCUGAAAGUGUAUGAGAACGAGAAACUUGCGUGCUCAGCGAAAGGUUCGCCCACUCCUUACGUAGCUUGGAUGUACUCUGCGAAAGUGCUUGAUAACAAAACAUCUUCUGUAGAGAUCGCGAUACAAAAGGAAGGGCAGUACACCUGCAUGGCUUCUAACAGAGAAGGGACAAAAUGGAUGAUUAUCAAUAUCAGCGUUCGACCAUGCCAGCUUGGCAUGUCGUACCAGUUGAUGUACAGCGAUACCAUAGACAACCAUGCCAUUGUUGGUCCUCUGUUGAAGUUCAUCACCACCAAUAACGACAACGACUGCAAAGAUGCCUGUUUCAUGCACGUCCCUGAUGUAUGCUACAUGUUCAACUAUUACCCACAGACCAUGAAAUGUGAGCUGUUCUACAAAGAUCGUGUGUCUGAAUACAAGGUGGAGAGGAGGAAUGGAUGUCACUUUAAAACACGUGAGUGUAAAGUAAAUCCUUGUUCCGAUGGUAAGCGGUGUUACUCGCUCGGUGAUCCUACCCAGGCAAACUGCAUAUAAAAAAAGUAUGAAUGAACUUUAAGCUGCACGACUACAUAAGUUUACGUGGAUUUUGUAGAGGCASAGACCGUAGAAGCUAAAACUUACUACAACUACAACAAUAGAAUAAGUCCACGUCUAAAUGAUGAAAAUAAUUUCUGCCUCCAUUAAGGGCGUUCAAACGUUUUCGGUAUUAUGCAUGCUCAAAUUGAAAAAAAAUAUAUUAAAAAACAACUAGACCAAAAAGUCAGUAUGAUUUCUCUAAAUAUAUCGUAUUCCACAUUGCAUUGAAUUAAUAACAAAUAAAAGAGUUAAAAAGUCACAAACAACUGCUGUACCUUGAGAGCCGAAGCUACAUUUUAGGUGGACACGAAAUGGCGGCUUCGUAGGAUUUCAUAAAGUGAGCACGAAUCAUUUUCCAUCAUUACAUGGGCAGAAAUACCUUUAACUAAUUAAGUACCUCAAAGGUACUAUCAGUCUAUAAUCUAUUGUAUAGUUGACACAUUUAAACGUAUGUAGACAAUAACACG